AUGGUGGCGACAAAGGCAUUGGUGCUUUUAAGCACUUUAUCUACCUCUGUACUUGCGGCAGAAGCUUCGAGACCUAGGGGUGUUGGGCCUGAGUUCGCCAAAUUCUACAAAUCAACUGACAAAUUCACCUGUCUUUCAAACCCCUCCAUUUCAAUCGCGAUCUCCAAAGUAAACGACGAUUACUGCGACUGCCCAGAUGGAAGUGACGAGCCUGGCACAAGCGCGUGUACAUACCUCUCCCAUCUUUCCCCUCCUCAGCCAUUACAAAGCUCGACGGGCUCGAGCCCUCAUAAUACGAGUCUUGCUCUGCCUGGAUAUUAUUGCAAGAACAAGGGCCAUAUACCCGCCUAUGUUCCCUUCACUUAUGUGAAUGAUGGAGUGUGCGAUUAUGAAUUAUGUUGUGAUGGGAGUGAUGAGUGGGAAAAUGUAGGAGGAACAAAAUGCGCAGAUAAAUGUGCAGAAAUUGGAAAGGAGUGGAGAAGAUUAGAUGAUAUUAGGACGAAAGCUCAAAUUAAAGCGAAUAAGAAGAGGGAGGAACUGGUUAAGCAGGCGCAGAGUUUGAGAGCGGGUGUACAGAUGAAGAUUGGAAGGACGGAGCUGGAAAUCGUCGAGUUGGAGAAGAAAGAGGAGGAGCUCAAACGCAAAUAUGAGGAGGUGGAGAGAAGAGAGCGGGGUAAGGUCGUGAAGACUUCGGGAGAGAAGACUAGUAAAGCUUCGAUUUUGGCUGCGAUGGCUAAGGCGAGAGUCGAGGAGUUGAGAGAUGCAUUGAUUGGCGUGCAGGCUAAGAAAUUGGCGUUGCAUAAUAAAGUUAAUGAGCUCGAGGGCAUUUUGUCGAGAUUUAAGGAGGAACGUAAUCCCAAUUUUAAUGAUGAGGGUGUCAAGAGGGCAGUGAAGGCUUGGGAGGAUUAUGCUGCCUCGAAGGAUGCAAGUGAAGAUGAGGACGUGGAAAGUCAGGAUAAAGCGGUCGAAGAGACGGCGAAGCCGGAGAAUGAUGGCAUUGAGUGGGAUGUUUGGGAGAAGGAUGAGGAGGAGAGUGACGUUGAUGCGAUGUAUAAUGAAGGAAUGUCAAGGGUUAUGAGGCGUCGGGAAAAAGGUGGAAGUUUCCAUAUCAAUGUUCUUGUUUACAAAUUCGAAGAAUAUCUUCCACAAUCCAUCCGUGCUUGGGUUCACCAAAAGGUCAUUGAUCUUCGGAUCAUCCUCGUUGAAAACGGAAUUUUGGCAGAUAAUGCCAAUUCUGGCUCCGAGUCCAAGGCUGUUCAAGAUGCGAGAAGUGCUUACCAGACUGUCAGCGAUGAUCUCGGUGUCAAGCAAACCACACUUUCUGAUCUCCAAUCCGACCUUGAGAAAGACUACGGUGUAGAUGAUAUCUUUCGCGCUCUCAAAGGCAUCUGCGUAUCCAAAGAUUCUGGUGAAUACGAUUACGAACUCUGCUGGAUGGACAAGACAUCCCAGAAAUCCAAAAAAGGUGGUGGAAACACUAACAUGGGCAAUUUCGUCCGUUUUGAUACAAUAGAAGUCGAUGAAGAAGUUGAUGCGGAGGGCAAAGGACUUGGUAAAGGCAUCAGGACUACUUUGGUGUAUGAGAAUGGACAACAUUGCUGGAAUGGACCGAAUAGGGCCACGACAGUUGUAUUAGGCUGUGCCGAGAAGGAUGAAAUUUGGAAGGUUGUGGAAAUGGAGAAGUGCAAUUAUAGAAUGGAUGUUGGGACUCCAGCAGUUUGUGAGAGGGUUGUUAAGAAGGGAGCUAAAGAGGAUGCGAAGGAUGAAUUGUAG